AUUCUGCGUUUCGAUUUAACUUCGAAAAUUCCAAUUCUAUGUAUUCUGCAUUGCGAUCGUAAUUACGUUUUUGUACGUUGAAGUUUUGUUGGCGGAAAGCCGUUAUAUAUUCAUUUUCGUGCAUUUGGAUAAAAUAAUUUCCUCAAAUAUGUCAAAAGUAACAACGGCAGAGCAAUACGAAAAAUUGUGUGAUAUGGUGGCCACGAAAAGAGAUAUUGCGCAGGGCUUCCAAAAGCGACCGAAGGAAGAAGUACAGGAGUUUUGGGAGGAGGUUGCAAGGAAUUUAAAUGCACUUGGCCCACCAACAAAAGAUUCCAAUACAUGGAGAAAGGUCUGGAUUGACUGGAAAUGCUACAUGAAGCGAAAAUUAUCGCAUAACAAAAAAGAAAGGAUGAGCACCGGUGGAGGUCCUUGCCGUUUACAACGCAUAAGCCCACUUGAUGAAAAGGUGAUAGCUUUGACGGGUUUGGAAACGGAUGAUAUCCCUUCAACCAGGAGAGCUAGCAGCCAAAAUAGAGAGGCGAGAGCAGACAAGCAGAGCAAAUCUUCAUUACUUAAGCAACAGAUACAAAUCAAAAAGAAUUUUAUGCAGAGACGAAAACAUUCAAUGAAGCUGCCUUUGGUAAAAUGGAAGAAGUUACUUCAUAUUUACGACACAUGA